GCUCAGCGCGGGCUGCCCGGGGAGGAGGCGGCAGUAGCGGCCGGGCCGGGUGGAGCCGUCAUGGAGCUGGGGUGGCUGCUAUGGGGCACGGCCGUGCUGCUGCUGCUCCACGUCCUCAUGGAGCUCAGCCCCACCGUCAACUUCGCGCUGCGCAUCGGCUUCUACUGCCUGCUGUGCCUGGUGUCCUCGGCGCUGGCGGCCGCCGCCUGCCUGCUGGUCAACGGCGGCCGCACCGUCAGGAACAUGAGAAUCAUCAGAGCUGUUGUCAGGACCUUCAAGUAUUUCUUUGGCGUGAGGUUUGAGGUGAAGGGACUGGAGAACUUCAAGGUGGAGGGCCCUGCUAUCAUUGUGUCCAACCAUCAGAGCGUCCUCGACAUGAUGGGGCUGAUGGAGGUCCUGCCCGACAACUGUGUCCAGGUGGGCAAGAAAGAGCUGAUGUACAUGGGCAGCGUGGGGCUCAUCAUGUACCUCGGUGGAGUCAUCUUCAUCAACAGGAAGAGCACCAGCAGUGCCAAGAUGGUGAUGUCAGAUGUGGCCAAGACUAUGGUGGCUGAGAAUGUGAAGGUGUGGGUAUACCCAGAGGGCACGAGGAACUGCACUGGGGAUUUGCUGCCAUUCAAGAAAGGAGCAUUUCACCUCGCUGUCCAGGCACAGGUGCCAGUGAUCCCUGUGGUGUAUUCCUCCUUCACCGCUUUCUAUAACCCAAAGACGAAGCUAUUUACAUCAGGCAAAGUCAAGGUUGAGGUUCUGCCUCCAAUAGAGACCAAAGGGCUGACGUCAGACGAUGUCACCGACCUCGCUGACAGAUGUUUCAGCACCAUGAGGGAGACCCUCUUCAGGUUGUCAGGCCGUCCAAGCGAGGCAAAGGACUCAUCCUAGAGGCUUCUCCAGUGGUGUCACCGUGUGGUGGUGGCUGAAGGGACCUAUCUGUUCUUGCCAAAUACUGAAGGAACUUCUCCUCUGCAGUGAUUUCUAACUCUUGGGAGCACCACAGACUGGCACACACAGAGUGUCAAGCCAGCACUAAGGUUCCCCUUUGAGUGGAUUUCUCUUACGGCUUCAUUUUCUCACUUUGAAAUAUCUCCUUUCUCUGAAUUUCUCAGGCAUCAAACUUGUGCUACCAAAGGGCUCAAUGACCAGAGAGGUGAGUUCCCCCAGCUCUUGCAGCUGGCACAGGAUGAUGGCAAUAACCUGCCUGGAGCCUGAGCUCUGCCUCGUGUGACUGUCCCUGCACCUGUGUUCCUGCAGGCUCAGCUUGUGCUGGCCUGGCCCUGUGAUGUCCCAGGUGGAAACCACCAGGCAGCAGUUUGUAUCAGCACAACCUUGAUGCACAAACAGGGCUGAGAACUGGGUGAAAAUCCAGAUUUUGGCUUUUCAGCAGCACUAGGAGUGUGGUGUCCUCCCUGGACAGCCCAGAGCCCUGCCACCCACUAGUGGCACUCACGGGCCUGUCCCCUUGAGAUGCCCUUGUGUCACAACAGCAUCAAGGUGGGAAACUGCUGCCAACUCCCUGCCGAGGUGGUGGCUCAGCCUGGUCACAUCCCGGGCCUGCAAUGCCCCUUAUGGAGGGAGGCAAAGGGCUCUGGUGCUCGUUUUGUCACUUGUCAUGGUCAGCACUGGCCGAAAGAUGGUGCCUGUCCCGCGUCUCUGCUGAGCUGCGAGGCGGAGCUGCCGCUCUCCAAGGCCCGUGAAACCCCUGCAGAGCCACAGGGUGGGUGAGCUGCAGCUCCAAUGGGGCUGGGAGGGCUUGGAAGGUUUCAGCUGCCCCUUGGGGGGACAUAAACCCCUUUCCCACUCAAAUAAAAGGGGUUCCCCUGUGCUUUGGGGUGAUGGACCAACAGAGUUCCUGGAUCCCUCACGAGGAGCUGGGAAUGUUGAUGCCCUUGGAGGCUGGGUCAGGGCCAUGGUUACUGUAGCUUUAGCUCCCCUGUUCAUGGCACAGGGGACCCUGGAAUAAGUCACCUGGGGCUACUCAGGUAACCAGCACACCCAGCCCCUGCAGCCUUGGAGUUGUGUUUAUCUGGUAUUUUGGGGCUAAAGCCUCAGCUGGGAACGGCAGGGAGCUCCAUGGAAGGAGCCCUUGGGCCGAGCUGGUGCUGCCAAGGGGCUUCAUUGGAGGGGCCUUACAGUACAGACUCAGGGGAUGGGAAGGGUUGGGGUGGGAGGAUGGGAACCAAACCAGCACUUUGUGAGAGUGGCAGAUAAAGGGUUGUCAUGGAGGGUCAACCCAGGAGGGCCCUGGGUGGGCUCCUGGGGAAGGGAACCAUGUCUGACUCCUCCUGGGAGGAGGGAGCGGUGCCUCUGUGUGCAGUUGUCUGCUGUUCACUUUUAAUUGGGCUGAGAAUGUUGUGUGCUUUACAAAAAAUCAACAACAACAACAAAAAAAUUACACCUUUGGUUAUUUAAAUAAAGGAGCCUCCUGGUCUUAUGUGGGGGCUGAGGGAGGAGGGUGUGGGGUGCUGAGUUCUCAGCUCUUGCAGAGGGUGGGUUUGGUGAUGGAGGGGCAGGGUGGGUCCUUGUCCCUACCCUGUGCUCCCCAGGCAGGAGGGCUGUGCUUCAUCCAGCUGCACUCCAGGGCUCCUGGAGAACAGAACAGGAGCUGCUGGGAUGGGCACCCAGCUCUGCAGUACCUUUGCCAGGACCAGGUGCAUCUGUCCCCUGCUGUGCCACCUGGCUUGGGGCUGCAGGGACUUGUCCCCAAGUUCUCCAUGUGACAGCAAGCACAGGGAGUGUGGGGAGGCAGCUGCCCUGCCUGGGCC